GCUUCAGGCAGCUUCAGGUACCGGUAGCGGUAGUAUUGCUCUGGCGGGCUGAAUUUAAAAGAAAGCUAAAUUGCGCAGUCCAAUAUCAAUAAACAAUCGGCCUUUAUAGCCUUUACAACUUACUUAUCAGCUAAAGUUUCAUGUCCAUUCUUAGAACGUUCGCGAAGAGGGCGGUAGAGAAAUCUGAAAUCUUUCUGUGUUCGAAAACUUGGUUUAGAUCAAACAACAACAUGAGUGGAGUAUUUUUUCCUAUUUCUGAAACCAAACAUCUUGCUCCAGGCUCAAAAUGUCCUGAAGUAACACCAGGUCUGAUGCGAUUGUAUAAUAUGAAAUUCUGCCCAUAUGCUCAGCGGACCAGACUAGUUUUAGCUGCCAAAAGAAUUCCAAAUGAGGUUGUAAAUAUAAACUUGGUUGCAAAGCCUGAUUGGUAUUUUGCUAGAAAUCCACUUGGCAAAGUUCCUUGCUUGGAAUUUGAUGGGAAAGUGAUAUUUGAAAGUUUAAUCACUUGCGACUAUCUUGAUGAAGUGUAUCCUAGUUCACCAAUGCUGAACAGUACUGAUCCUUUUCGCAAGGCACAAGACAGGAUUUUGAUUGAAAUGUUCAAUGCGGUCAAUAGUAACUUAUAUAAACUAUACCGCUGUAGUUUGGAUGAUGAGUCCACUUGGAAAGGAGCAAUUGUUGGUAUCCACAAGGGUUUACAGAUUUUCGAAGAUGACCUAGCAAAACGAGAAAUAAAAUUUUUUGGAGGUCAGAAUCCUGGGAUUGUAGAUUACAUGAUAUGGCCUUGGAUGGAGAGAUUGCCUUCAUUGCCUAUUUUGAGCCAUGGGAUGCUAAAAGUUCAAAUGGAAAAUUAUCCUUCUUUGAUAAAGUGGUUUGAUGCCAUGAAAGAAGACGAUGCGGUCAAAGAAAGUUUCAUUUCUCCUGAAAAUCACGCAAAAUUUAUUACAAGUUUUCUAGCUGGGAAUCCGGAAUAUGACAUGGAAAUCAAUAAAUAAAGAAGAUUAAACUGGAAGUAUUCAGACCACAAACAUUUUAAAUAAGCAUCUCUUCCCUACGGUUGUUUCAAAACGUAUCUUAAUUCUGGUUGUUUGCGUGGUCGCCUGCUUCAGGAUCAUGAUGGAAGAGACUAUCAGCUUUUUCUCGGAGAUGCGAAGCCUUUUCUUCUAUCAAAAACCCAGAGUGCUCCAGUAAUUGGAUCCAAGUCUUUGGAGGUACUCUAGUUAACAAACCAUGUUUGACUAACCAUUCCUCUAAAGUUUCAUUUAUUCCAACCGGAUCUUCUUUAUCUUCCGGUCUUGACAAAUCAGAUUGUGCUUCCUCUUUCGCACGUCUUACAGCUUGUUUCAAUGUUUUCAGAGCUUCAGUCAGUGCUGCAGCUUGUUCAGUGACAAGAGCUUCAGCUUGUUGUCGGGCAGUGGCUGCAGACUGUGCAACUUCAUUUUUCUCAUCGGUUAAUUUCAAUAGCAGUUCUUUUUUAUUGUGAGAUUGUUCCGCCAAAGUUUUGAAAUCUUCUUUGCACAAGUUUAAUUAUCGUUCUAAUUCCAGAAUCUUUUGGUCUACUUCCAUGACCGCGGAUUUUUCUUGAUUACAUUGAGCUUUCGAGAUGGAUAACUCGUUUUUUGCUCCAUCCAAAAGUCUGGACUUUUCGUCGGUUUCCGUUUUAGCGAGGUUAACCGCAUUCAUUAGUGCGGAUUUUUCGAGUUCGAGAAUAGCUUUUUGGUUGUCAAAUCGCGCUCUUAAUUUAGUCAACUCGAUUUGUGCUUCAUCUAAUAGUCUGCAUUUGCCUCUGGUUUCUAGUUUAGCAAAGUUAACAGCAUCAUCUAAAGCGGAUUUAUCUUGAUUGAGGAUGGAUUUUUCGCUGUCAAAGUGCGCUUUAAAAUUUUCAAUUUUGACGUUCGCUUCAUCUAAAAAGUCUGUGCUUUUCUUCUGUUUCAGCUUUAGCAAGGGUUACCGCAUUCAUUAGUGCGGAUAUUUUAAGUUUAAGGGUGGAUUUCUGAUUUUCGAAGUGCGCUUUCAAAUUCGUCAACUAUGUUUGCGCCUCAUCCAAAAGUAUACACUUUUCUUCAGUUUCAGAUUUAGCAACCUUAACCGCAUCCACCAAAAGGGAUUUGUCUUUAUCGAUGAUAGAUUUUUGUUGAUCAAAGUUCGCUUUCAGUUCCGUCAGCCUCGUGUUAGCCUGUUCUAAAAGUCGACAAUUCACGUCGUUUUCCGUUUUAGCGACCUUAACCGCAUCCAGCAAAGCGUAUUUUUCUUCAUUUAAUUUGGAUUUUUGUUGGUCGAAGUCCGCUUUCAAAUUCUUAACCUCUUAGUUCGCGUCAUCCUAAAGUAUGCGCUUUUCUUCGAUUUCCGUUUUAGCGACCUUAACCGCAUCUUCCAAAGUAGAUUUUUGUUGGUCAAAAUGAGCUUUUGAGCAGGUUAUUUCGAAAUUUGCAUCUCCUAGUCCACACUCUUCUCCAGUUUCAGGAAUGUUUACUUUUCCUUUGUCUUCUGCUCUGAGAUGUUUGCGAGCAGGACUAAGGAGUUCCAAAAGCCAAGCACUGCCAUAUAAAAAGAUUGUUCCGACAGUGAAAACAACGAAUGAAGUAAACAUUGGUUUCUGAAGUUUUUAGUUGAUUGUGCUCAACACUCAUGCCUUAUUGAAGUUUCACGUUGCCUCUUUAAAGGUUCUAGGCUCUAGGAUGUCAUCUUGAAGAGCAAGUAUUCAGUGCGCAAUGUUUUUUGAAUCUUUAAUAUUUAUAAUCUUCAAUUUUAUAAACUAUUUAUUUAAUUCAAUUCAGAAUUUUUUCACACAUAUCUGAAAGAAAAUUUUAAUAAUUUCCUUGCACUUUGUGUAAAUUUUAGUAACGUUCGUUAUCAGAAUGGCAUUAUGGCAAAGGUUGUCCCUUAGCUGACUGUAAUUCGCUGUAAUUGCCUCAUUUUACCCUUUUUGUUAAUUUAUGUUAAAUAUUUUCUUAUUUUAUGUAAGAUUUAGGCAAUCAAAAUUUAAUUUUGUAAAUUGGAUGACAACUUAAUAUUGCAUACAUAUUAAAUUUC